GACUCUGCAACUGUUAAACCAAGGAAAUAACCUUUCUACAUGAUUACAGCGAACUUUUAAAAAUUCCCCGAUGCUUUCUGAUUUUCAUACAGACACCACUAAAGGAGUUUGGAAGGUUUAAAAUCGGGUGAUAUGUAGUUCCAUGCAAAUGGCAGACUUUUGUUUUAUUUCUUCUCUUUCGAAAUGAUCUCUGUGCUUUGCGUCCGUGUUCAGAUUGCUGUCGUUCCUCGCCGCUUAUUUCUGAGCAUAGACUGCCUUUAUGAGUUUUAUUGAUUGGAUUGUCGACCGCCUUGGCUGACUUCCCUCGACUUUACGCGAUGAACCAGAGUGGCGGCCGUGGUCUUCCUCCACGUGAGAGCGCUACUGCAUCAAAAAGCCUGUGUGCAUGUGUUUAAUUUUUUUCACUUCGCUUGUUACGUGGUUUCCCGAUUCCCAAAUGGAUUUUCACCCACCGCUAUCUUCGUAUGCCUUUUUACUUUUGCUCAUGGUGCUGACGGCUCUAGAAGCAUUAAUUUAUGGAUUCCCUUCUCUCCCCCUCCUGGAAGGAAUCACUAAAGGAUUCCUCCUGAUUCUCCAGAACGUAGGUGUGUGUGUCGUGCAUGGAUGGGUGCAAGCACCAUUUUUAUUCAGUAACACUCGACUAAAGUUUACGACAGGGCUGAGGACAACAUAUACCUUAAAGACGCGGCAGGACUGAAUGAAUGAGAGGGGAUAUAUCGACCUGGAGGGUGUGGUUUAGGAUAAUGCCGAUGGUUUAUCACGUGGGGGAAUGCGCCAACGUAA